UGUAAGCGGUUUAGGAGAGUGUGCUGGUGACAUAUAGAGAGCGCGCGCCUUCGGUUGCUUAUGAUUCAUCAUGGCGAGUGCUACAGCCGUCCCCUCAUCAGCAGCGAACGCUCCAUCUCUCAAGGGCACUGGUAAAGGUGUAUCCAGCAGUAACGGAAUGGAUGACAGCGUCCACAGCUUCAAGGCAGCUGACCUGGUCAUUGAGCUGUCCCAGACCCACAAGGCCAAACCUGACCUGACCAACCUGGUGUUUGGAACUGUGUUCACUGACCACAUGUUGACCAUAGAGUGGACCAGCGCUGGAGGUUGGCAGAAACCUCACAUCAAGCCCUUUGGUAACCUGUCUCUCCACCCAGCCUGUUCAGCCAUGCACUAUGCUGUACAGUUGUUUGAGGGUAUGAAGGCAUACCGGGGUGCUGAUGACAAAGUGCGUCUCUUCAGACCCAUGCUCAACAUGAACCGUAUGGCCAAGUCUGCAGAGAGGGCCUGCCUGCCAGCCUUUGACAGGGCAGAGUUGGUAGAGUGUAUCAGGAGACUGGUACAGGUGGAUCUGGAGUGGGUACCCCAGUCAGACACUGCCAGUCUCUACAUCCGACCCACCUUCCUGGGUACUGAGCCAUCUCUAGGAGUGAAGAAGCCGUCCCAUGCUCUACUCUAUGUGAUCCUGAGUCCUGUUGGUUCUUACUUCAGUACAGGAGCUAAGCCUGUCUCUCUCUGGGCAGACUCCAAAUACAUCAGAGCCUGGAGAGGAGGGACAGGAGACUGUAAGAUGGGAGGGAACUACGGAGCAUCUAUCUACGCCCAGUAUGAAGCAGUGGAUUAUGGGUGCCAGCAGGUCCUCUGGCUGUACGGAGACGACCAUCAAAUCACAGAGGUCGGAACCAUGAACAUGUUCCUCUUCUGGAAUAAUGAGAAAGGAGAGGAGGAGCUGGCAACGCCCCCUCUGGAUGGAAUCAUCCUCCCUGGGAUCACACGGCAGAGCAUCCUGGAACUCACCAGGAAAUGGGGGGAGUUUAAGGUGUGUGAGCGCUACCUGACCAUGGCAGACCUGCGCUGUGCUCUGAAAGAGAGCCGUGUUAAGGAGAUGUUUGGCUCUGGUACUGCAUGUGUGGUCAGUCCUGUGGGACGCGUACUCUACCAGGGAGAGAACCUACAUAUCCCCUGCCAGGAGGAUUGUCCCCAGCUGGCCUCUAGACUGAUGAAGGAGCUCACAGAUAUACAGUACGGCCGGACCCAGAGUGACUGGUCUGUCCUCGUGUAACCAAGACACAGUGGUGUGGGAAUCUGGGACAAGCACACACACACACUGUAUAUGCAUAUACACAGACAUACAUGCACACACACAGACAAACAUGUAGACAUACAACAUAAAAGCAAUACAGGAAUUUAUUGCGCACAUAAAUCCAUGCAACAACACCACACACACACA